AACAUGUGGCCAACAAAGCGAGAAAAAAAGAAACGAUGCCAACGUACUGUGUGACCGGAGCAACUGGGUUCAUAGCCGCUUAUUUGGUAAAAGCUCUUCUUCACCAAGGCGACAUUGUUCGUGCCACCGUCCGAGAUCCUGAUAAUGAGGAAAAGGUGGGAUUUCUGUGGGAAUUAGAAGGAGCGAAGGAAAGGUUAACACUAUUUAAAGCUGAUUUAUUGAUUGAUGGUAGCUUUGAUGAUGCUAUUAAUGGAGUUGAUGGGGUUUUUCACACUGCUUGCCCUGUCUUUCUUCCUCCUGAUACCGAUGAUUUUCAGGCGCUGCUAAUUGAUCCAUGUAUAAGAGGGACUUUGAAUGUUCUUAAUUCAUGUAAGAAGGCAAUUUCUGUAAAGAGGGUUGUACUCACAUCAUCCUGCUCUGCCAUACGCUACCGAGAUGAUGCAUCACAAGUGUCUCCUUUAAAUGAGUCACAUUGGAGUGAUCCUGAGUACUGCAAGCGUUACAAUCUGUGGUAUCCAUACGCAAAGACAUUAGGGGAAAAGGCAGCGUGGGAAGUAGCUAAAGAAAGUGGUCUUGAUCUAGUGGCAGUAAAUCCAUCAUUUGUGGUUGGUCCGUUGCUAACUUCUCGGCCCACAAGCACACUGGAAUUCAUAUUAUCACUUACCAAAGGUGCUCAAGGAGAGUAUCCAAAACAGGUUAUAGGAUUUGUUCACAUAGAUGAUGUAGUCGCUGCACAUAUUUUAGCAAUGGAGGAAAGAAAAGCAUCUGGAAGAUUAAUAUGCUCAAGCUCAGUUGCUAACUGGUCAGAUAUUGUGAAGAUGCUCAAGGAUAAGUAUCCUAUGUAUCCAUUUGAAAGCAAGCAAAGCAGCAAUGAAGGAAAUGAUUUCCCACAUUCAAUGGACACUAGCAAGAUAAUGCAGCUAGGUUUCUCCGGUUUCAAAAGUGUCCCGCAAAUGUUCGACGAUUGCAUUAAGACCUUCCAAGAGAAAGGAUUUCUAUAAUGUCAUGUUCUUCGAUCUCUUGUUUUUCACAACCUCCUUUGUUAGAGUAGUCUUCAAUAAUGGUAAAGUUUUUGUUAAACUAUCUCACAUUAUAUUGACAGAUUGAAGGAAGAAGUAGUAAUUUAAAUAGGAAAUUUGGUGAAACACUAUUUUUAUGUUUGGGAUUUUUGGAUUUUAUCUUUUAAAUACUUAUUUAAAUUUAACUAACUUAGUUUGGUUUGUUUGACUAACACUACUAUUUGACGUCUGACGUUAAUGUUUUCCAUUUAUGGAUCCCACUCCAAGGAAGAAAGAGAGUUAAAAGUUCAUCAAAGAUGUUACAGAAUGUCGUUGGAGUGGGGUCCAUAAACGGAAAAAAUUAACGGCAUCAAUCUCAAAUGGUAGUGUUAGUCAAACAAAACUUAUAAGAUAGUUAAAUUUAAAAAAGUAUUUAAAAAGUAACAAUAGUUCACAAAACCUCAAGAUAGUGUUUCACCAAAUUUGCAUUUAAAUAGGUUCGACCCAUCUUUAAUGUUUGAACCCAAAUUCUUAUAUGAGACUGUCCUCACCAUCAACUGAUGGUGAGACCAGUUCACACUUGCGAA